GGAGUCCCUUUCCGUGAUCCUCUCAUCGUCGUCUCCACCUCUUCUCCAAAACCCACUCUAAACCCCUCAAAUCCGCCAUACUAGUACCAACCUCCAACUCCAUUCAUUUUCGAUUCCCCUCCCACUCCAGAAAGUCGUAUCUUUCCUCCACCGCGAUUAACCUCUUCUCCCCUUCUCUCCCUUCCCUCGCCGCCGAGACUCCGGCCGACCACGAAACUGUAGGUACUCCCGUUCAUUCCUUCCUCCGCCGAGCAGGAACUUUUGUCCGAUGUGACCGGCGCGAAGCAGUCCAUCCUUCGUGAAAAAUAUGCCAAUCAAUCCCUGAUUUUCUCCUCAUCCGCUUACCGCCCUUAAUUGGGUCAGUCAGCCCGCAUCGCCAACAAAAAUCUGCAAACGACGUGCUACUUUGCCAGGGCAACGAAUCUAAUUACUUCGCCUGGGAGCCCCUCCACGGGAAUGAUAACUGAAUUCCACUGCCACCUCUACAACAUCGAUGGAUGGAGAGUUUCCUGUGUGGAAUUGCUGCCCAUUCAGAUGGUAGCCAUCCUUACGACCACAACAUCAUCUAUUUUAGAGUCUGGAGGACUGUGUUUUCCUUGGAUUUUUCCACCAUGGCUCUUCAACAGAAGCUUGGGGUUGAACGAAAUUGAGGGGGCGCUUCCUGCCAACUCUGCCAAGGUCUUGCUGGAGUCGAACUGCACUUUCAUAAAUCCAAUCAAGAGUUCCAAUGUAGGAGCAGCCGCACCUAAACAGACACGGGUGCAAAUUAUAUCAUUGCACGAGCAGCCGAGCACUGAGUGGUUGAAGUUGCUAUUCCAGGCUGCUGAGAAAGGAGAGAGGCCUGCAGGGGAGUUAUUAGCUAUAUCUAGUCUCGUGGUUAUUAGCCAUAGUCUCAACAAAUAAAUGUAACUUGGAGCAAAAUGUUACGUUUCUGUUCGUUCACAAUUAUCCUUGGAACUGUCUUUACUGUUGUAAUGCUACAUA